AUGCAUUCGACACUCCUCUCACUGCUUCAGCUGUCGCUGUCAACACUCGGCCUGGCAGCAAGCCUCCCGAAUGUUGUGCUUCCAAGGCAGGGCUCAGGUACCCUGAAAUAUGUGGGAACCAACAUCGCCGGGUUCGACUUUGGAUGCGCCACCGAUGGCACUUGCACAACUUCCAAGGCCUACCCUCCCCUCUCGUCGCUCGGAGGAGCAGAUGGCGUCGGUCAAAUGCAACAUUUCGCCAACGACGACAAAUUCAACAUAUUCCGCCUUCCAGUCGGCUGGCAAUACCUAGUCAACAACAACCUCGGCGGCAACCUAGACCAGGGCAACGCAGGCCGCUACGACCAGCUAGUCCAGGCCUGCCUCGCGACAGGCGCGACCUGCGUAAUCGACAUCCACAACUACGCGCGCUGGAACGGCAAGAUCAUCGGGUCGUCCGGUGGGCCAACAGACGACCAGUUCGUCAGCCUGUGGCGGCAGCUCGCCGCCAAGUACGGCAGCAACUCCCGCAUGGUGUUCGGCGUCAUGAACGAGCCGCACGACCUGCAGUCCGUCGACGCGUGGGUCGCCACCGUGCAGAAGGUCGUCACGGCCAUCCGGGCCGCCGCGCCGACGAGCCUGGUCCUCAUCCCGGGCAGCAGCUGGUCCUCGGCGCAGGCGCUGCCCACCGAGGCCGGGCCGGCGCUGCUCAAGGUGGCGAACCCGGACGGGUCGACCGAUAAUAUUGUCUUUGACGUGCACAAGUACCUGGACAGCGACAACUCGGGCACGCACACCGAGUGCGUCACGAACAACAUCGACAAUGCGUUUGGCCCGCUUGCGACGUGGCUGAGGCAGAACAAGCGGCUGGCUAUCAACACCGAGACCGGGGGCGGCAAUACUGCGAGCUGCCAGAAGUACCUGUGCGAGCAGGUCAGCUUCCUGAAGCAGAACUCGGAUGUGUUUAUUGGCAUUGUGGGCUGGUCUGCCGGUGGGUUUGACCAGACGUAUGAGUUGGUGGAGACGCCCACGCGGAAUGGCAAUGGCUGGACAGAUACCUCGCUUGUCAAGGCUUGUUUGGUGAACAGCUGA